CACACACACACACACACACACACAGUGAGAGCGAAACAAACAUUCGAGUGGACUCGAGGAAGGGAGAACCCUGAUAAACGUGUGUGUGUUUUAUGAUGUAGAUAUGGCAGUGUGUGUGUGUUCAGAGAGCGAGAGUGUGUGUUCAGUGUAGUUGUAAACUGCACACUUGGAUUUUCCAGUAAUUGCGAUUCUUGGAAGAGAGAAAUUGGCUACUGUACAUCACACACACUGGUUUUGUGCUAUUCUUUAAUCCCGGAUCGGUGUAAUUCCUCAGUGCGCGUGGAUUCGCCCUGAAACCGAACUGUGCGUCAUGAGCGCACCUGGAUGUGUGCAGGCAAAGUCAACUCACAUCCACUAACACACUGCAGCUCAACACACGAUGGAGAACAGCUCAGGAGCAGGAGUGAUCUUAUACGCUUCUUCCAGCUUGAGUCCUGACAGUCCGUCUAGCGGAUAUCAGACUCAUUCUCCCUCCUCUCAGUCCCAGCCUUCUUCUCCAGAGGAAAUCUGCUCUGACGUUCAGCACAGGAGCAGUGAACCAAACCCCACCCCUUGCACCUCUUCUUCUUCACCUAAACUCGUCUUCCAGUUCCCUGAACUGAGCAGCUCACACAUUUCAUCAUCAUCACAUAGCACAAACUCACAGUUGCUCACGGGCAGGAGGUCAUGUGGUGCUUUUACAAGGCCUGGUGGUAUGGUGUUGUUGUGUAAAGUGUGUGGAGACAUCGCGUCAGGAUUUCACUACGGAGUUCACGCAUGUGAGGGAUGCAAGGGUUUCUUCAGACGAAGCAUCCAGCAGAACAUCAGCUACAAGAUGUGUGUGAAGAACGAAAACUGUCUGAUUAUGAGAAUGAAUCGUAACCGCUGUCAGCACUGUCGCUUCAAGAAGUGUCUCUCUGUGGGCAUGUCCAGAGACGCUGUGCGUUUUGGUCGCAUCCCUAAACGUGAGAAACAGCGAUUGCUGGAUGAAAUGCAGAGCUUCAUGAACAGCCACAACCCCAUGGAUGUCGACGCGGAUACGCCCUCAGAAGCCCCUCCCAUGGACACCACCCCCAGGCCUCAGUGCCACCAGUUAGGGUCACGUGAGGUCAUCAGGGCCUCAUCUCGUUUGCCAGUCACUGUGAAGGAGGAGAUGAAUCUUGUGAAGAUAAACAAUGAUGAUGACGACCUCAGCACCGCUUCCUCGCCGUCUCACGAGUUUCAGCCUCAAUCUGUUCCUCGUCAUAUCACAUCACCUCCAUCCUGCCCCAUCCAGGGCAGAUUCACACUCACUCACACUGACAGCACACCCAGGCACACAGGAAGUGACAUCAAGACAGAGACGCCGUGUUCCUGGAGACAGAGCGCUGGAGCUAAAGUUCUGGCAUGUCCUUUGAACUCGUGUCCCGUGUCCUCAUCUGAUCUCUCCACUCAGCAGGUCUGGGACUCUUUCUCACAGUGUUUCAGUCCUGCAGUUAAAGACGUGGUGGAAUUUUCUCGCAGCAUCCCGGGGUUUCACAUGCUCAGUCAGGACGACCAGAUCCGACUGCUCAAAUCAGGAACCUUCCAGGUUUUGACGGUGCGAUUUUGUUCGCUCUUCGAUGCCAAACAGCGAACAGUGAGGUUUUUAAACGGACAGACGUAUCCUCUGGCGUCUUUGAGAGCUCUUGGCAUGAGCACGCUGCUGGAUGCCAUGUUUGACUUCAGCGAGAAGCUGAGCAUUCUGGGAUUGGAGUCUGACGAGAUGUCGCUCUUCAUGGCUGUUGUGCUGGUGUCUGCAGAUCGCUCGGGUAUUUCAGACCUGGCCGCCGUGGAGAAGCUGCAGGACGAUUUGAUCAAAGCUUUGCGAUCGCUUCUCGCUCAAAGGCGACCGAACAACUGCGAGAUUUUCUCCAAACUGCUCUUACGUCUUCCUGACCUGCGAACCUUAAACAGCUUGCACUCAGAAAAACUUUUAGCUUUCCGAAUCGACUCGUAAUUAAGAAUAAAUAAUCGAUUUAACGUUUAUAAAAAGUGCUAAAUUACACCGUUGCCUUGAGAAGGGAAAGAAUGUAGUGACGGGAUGCCUAUAAAAUUUGCAUAUCAUUUUAAUUGCCUGAAUAUUAUGAUGAGAAUUUAUCAGAAAUCUUUCUACCUGUUGUUCUUAACAGAUGUUUAUGUGUAAAAGGACCUCGGCUGUGUUUCUGGUGUGAACUUCAUCUUUUGUGUUAAUGUGAUAUUUAUUUACGUAAAAUCACUUUCUAAUGUCUUAGCUUCGAUACCAGCAGCUCAGCUACACGCUAACCGAGAAUGUUUGUAGAACAGUCAGAAGUUCUAUGAAGGUUUAACUGUAACCUUUAAGCAACAGUCGUGUCCUUUAAUACUCUGUGAGUGUGAUGAUGGUUUGUGUUGUUUUUAAAGACCACAGCCAACUUAAAAUGUUGCAGCAGCAUUGCUGGGACUUCAGCUCAAUAACGUUCAGCAACUUUUGAGAAAACAUUCUGCUAGUGUGAAAGUGUUAGCUGGGCUGCUAGGUUGCAUUAUGUUAGUUAGUUAGUUAGUUAGUUAGCAGAUUAGUAGCCAUGGAAACGUCUAGGCACAUGUUAGCUCUGAAACAGGCAGCUAGCGUAAACCAUGUAAACCAUUUCACACCAUGUGUUUUUGUAUUUUCAAACCGUUUUCGAUUGACGUUUUGAAAAAGGACCCAAAUGAUUCUGCCUUAGGUUUUAUUUUGAUAUUUCCACGAUAUUGUAGAAUUGUCACAGGUCUAAUUGAAUAUUUAUCUAUUUUUAAAACCUACAGAUCUACUUCUGUAGAAAAUUUAGUGGAUCAUCUGAAAUGUCUUAGUUGUCUGAAAUUUGUUUCUACUGUAUUAUUGUCCUCUGAUGCUACGAGGCUAAUUUAUCCCUAGUGUAGCUACAAAUCUGUCUCAAACUAAAGCCAGAACUUCAGACAUGACUUUAGACAUGGUUUAGGACCCAGGAGCUCCUCAGACUUUCUCUACAUUCAGCCCCUUUGGACAAUUUUUCCCUCAGUCCAAGUCAUCAUUUCCUCCUAAAACAAAGGAGGAAACUGAUGGACUGAUUUUAGCCUUAAAUACACACUAUGUUAUUAUUUAUCCACAUUAGCUAUGCUAAUCAGAUACUUACACACAACACUGUGCUGAUGUUUCCUGUUAAAUAGCUUUAGUUUCGCUCUCAUAUACAAGCGGCUGGUAAAUUUGGCUCGCUACUAAAUUCAAAUAACAAGCUAGCGAACGUCACGCUAAGCAGUACAUCAUAUUAAAACCAAGAAUGAUGACGCUAGCUGAACUUUCUGCAUAGAAACAAGCUUUAAAAUUUGGAAGCUAUCAUGUGAUAGUGAGCAGAAAUUUGUACUAAAUUUGCAUAUUUAAUAUUCACAUUACGAUUUUUUUUCCUUUUCUCUGAAUCUUCACAUUAUACAUUUUUUGAGGUUUGUGACUCAACCUUUAGCUUUUUUUUAAUAUCAAACUGUUUCUUUGUUCAAAUUUUCUUGUCAAUUUAAAGACUACACUUUAUUUGUGCUGCUUCAUGUCACUGAAUCACGACUGUUGGACCUCAGAGCGUAAUUUAAUCAGGAAUUGUGUAUCGAGGAAUGUUUUCAUUUUGUCUUGUGUGUGUUGUACAUUUUGUAUUUGUGUUAUGUUUCUGUGAGUCCGAAUGACUGGACUGUUGUCUGUUAUAUAAUUUACAUUUAUAGAAAAUCUAUAAGAAGGGAAAACGAAGGCCUUAUUUUUAGUGUCUUUAGUAAAAUAAAAUCUAUUAUAUAUUAUCAGUGUUGUUCUUCUACAAACGAACAAGUUACAUCCUGUGAUAUUAAAGUUUUAAUUCUUAUCACGAUCGCCUUGCCUGUAUAUUUUGUAAAGGUUUUAUUGUUAUAAUCUUCAACAGAGUUAAAAAUAAUAAUAAUAAUAAACAAGAUUACAUCAUCA